AUGGGACGCCUAUCUAAAACUCGUAAACAUUGUAAAAAAGCACGUCUCACCAAAAAUUCCAAACCUUAUAAUCUAUCAUCCCCAAUUGAUCAAUCUAAUCGAUACCAAAUUUCUACAUGUAAUUUUUAUAUUUAUCGACGUAGAAAUUUUCAACCAGUUACGAUUGAAAACAAUUCAAUCGAUCUAAAUAAAUCUGAAAAUUUAGUUAAUCAACAACAAACAUCAACUUCGCAAUCAGCCAUCUUGAAAUUAUUUAAUAAUAUGAUAUAUAAAGAUAGACCAAAUAAAGAAAAAAUCUUAUCUCCGUAUUUACAAGAAAAAGCCACAGAGUUGUUAUUCGCAAGUCAUAAAAAAUCUAAUCUAAAAGUAAAUAUACUUCCAAAAUUAGAUCGUCUAUUAGAAAAAAAAAGAAAAAUAUCAGAUAAAAAUAUUGAAAAAGCUAUAAUUAAAAAAAUUAAACAAAAUAAUCGUGAAUAUACACCUGAGUUCAUUUCUAUGGCUACGAAUUUAAGUACUUUUGGUCAUACUUCAAUAUCAUCAAUGAUACAAUGCACAAAAGAAAUUAUAACAUUUCUUACUGGUCGGCCUUCUAAGUCAUGCUUAUCUUCAAUAUGUAUAUCUUACUGGAAUGAAAACAAACAAGAACCUAUGCUUACUAUCCUUAAUAUGAAAGAUUUGGAUCGUUGUUCAGCAUCCACAGUAUCUUUAAGCGUUGAAGAAGCUAUUAGUAAAAAUUUAUUAAAUCCAGCACAAUGUCAAUAUUGGCUUACUGAUAAUACAGCUUAUAUGUCAAGAUCAACUGCUGGUGCUGUUGUUAAAUUUAAUCAGCAAUAUUCGGCAAAAACAACUCGAAUUCCUUGUGGUUUACAUGCAUUACAUAUAGCUUCAAUUAAUGAUUUGCAAAUAGCAUCUGAACAUCCUGACGAAGUCUUUGUAGAAAAGAUGUUACUAGCUCAUGAAACUUUAUCUACAGAUGAGUUUAAUGAUUUAAUUAAUAGAAUUGAAUACAGAUUAGUAAAAGCAUUAGAUGCAUUUAAAUGGUGGAUGGAUCCAUGGACACAUUUACCUCUUUCUAUAUGCCAGCUUGGAGGAAUUCAUGGCCCCGAUUUUGCAGUUGCAAUUAUUAAG